AUGACAACACUAAGAGCUAGUGGUCGAGAAUAUACUUGGACAAAUGGCCAUACAUAUAGAACUAUUGACUGGGGACUGGUGAAUGCUAGGUGGAUGAUGACAAUGGCCUUACAUGAGCUCUUCAUUAUGGACCCCGAAUGCUCUGAUCAUUCCCCUCUGAGUUUAUAUCUAGCACAAGAUGAAGAUACAAGACCGAGGCCUUUCAAGUUCCUCAAUCAUGUGGCUGGCCAUGAGAAAUUUCCUAAAAUUAUUGAAGAAAUGUGGUCCAAGAGGAGGGGAAGGUGUAGAAUGGCAGACAUUUGGAGAAACCUUAAACAUAUUAAGAAAGCUAUGAAACAUUUGAAUGCAACUGAAUUUGGAGCAGUGGAAGAGAGAAUUAAUAGUUGUAGACAUCAACUUGCUAUGGCUCAGGAGGAUAUGAGAGCACCAGGACAACCAAUGGAGAAGAUAGAAGCUGAAAAACAAAUAAAAUUGCAACUUGAGAAAUGGUUAAAUGUGGAGGAAAGUAUCAUGAGACAAAAAUCAAAGGUGCAGUGGCUUAAAUUAGGAGAUGCGACCACAACAUUUUUCCAUGCAAACUUGAAGCAAAGUUAUGGGGUGUUACAACCUGUGUCUGAAGAGGAGGUGGUGGAUGCUUUGAAGAGGAUAAAUGAUCUGAAAGCUCCGAGGUGUGAUGGAUUCAAUGCACUAUUUUUCAAAAAGGCAUGGCCUAUGAUUGGAGAAGACAUAAUAGAAGUUGUUCAAGAAUUCUUCCAAACAGGAGUCAUAUACAAGGCAAUCAACUGCACUACUGUCACUUUAAUUCCUAAAAUCCCAAAUCCUGAUAGGAUCACUCAGUAUAGGCCAAUAUCAUGA